CCAUGCAAGAAACGACGAGAGGAAGAUACUUCUGUAAAAACAAUCACAAGAUAUUUUUCACCAUUGGCAAAACCAGUGGAUAAAGUGUUGUCACCGCCAAAACCCAACAACAUAUUAGGUUAUUUUAAAAAGACCUCAGUAACUGAGAAAGCUACGUCACCAGUUGGAGCUGGAGAAAAUAAAACACUGUUGGAUGCUGAUGACUAUAAGUCACAUUUUAAACCACCUUUAAAGCGGAAGAGGAAAGGGAGGAGAGUUAAUUUAAAUAAUAGUCUAAGAGAGAUGAAAGAAGCUGAGAAGGAACGUGAAAUAGAAAUUAGUACUGAUGACAGCAGAGAAACAACAGGACUGAAAGAAGACAGUAGUGAUUUUAUUGCUACUUGUGCUUUAGCUGACCAAAAAUGUGCAAGAGGAUUGGCGGAAGAUAACGUGCAAAGAGAGAACUCAAAUGCUGUCGUCUACAGAAAAAAUACAAAGAAAGUUGGCUAUCAGGUAAAUAGAACAAAAAAUAGGAUAAGAAAAUCAAGGAAAAGUAAGCAUAAAGUAAAUGUGGAUUUGUCUGAAAGUUUUUCAUCUGAAAACCAGCUGAAUGAAGAGUUUGAAAAGGAAACUGAAGAUAAGAAAAAGAUGGUAUCUGCUACAAUAGAGGAGUGUGAUGCUAUUGUUAGUGACUCCAGUCUUGAAGUUCGUAGGGAUGAUCAGCCACCGGAUCGAGGUAAUAGCAUAAUAACGGUGUCAUUUGAGGACUUCUUGAGGAGUCAGGGAGAAAAUAAUGUAAAUCGUGCUGAAGGAGAUGCAAAGCCGGCAGUGAACAAUUCCAUUACAGCAAGCGAAACGGACAGAAGUGAUUGUAUUAGUGACCCAGAAAAGUGUGAGGAAUCUCACCAGGUACCACUUAGAACUGUAACUGUCCUUGCACAAGUUCAUUCUGUUCCCCCAAAAUUAGCUCCAUUACAUAGGGAGCAAAAAGGCUCUAGGAAAAUAGCUUCCAUUUUCUUGAAGCAGAAAGGAUGUGUAGGAGAAAAAGAAAGUAGCCCACCCCUCUUGGACAGUGAACAAACUGAACAGGUCACCCAGAAAAGAAAAUCCAACGUAGUUAUUGAGGAGGAAGAACUGGAGUUAGCCAUACUAGAGACAGCAGGGUCAGAUUCUUUGAAGGCAAAAUGUACCCUGGAAGCAAGGCAUCAGUUCAUGAAGGCAUUUAGACAACCGACAUCAGAGGUAGUCAAAUGUGGAGUUAAAAGAGCACCUGGAAAACAGAAGCAAACCGUUGGAAAGUCUUUGAAAGAAAAAGAAGGACUUGAAGAUGACAUUGCUUCAAACAAGGGAUUAGAAAGUGGAGUUCCAGAAGAUCGUGUGGACAAAUACACACAUUCUAGUCCUGAAAACAAUAGAACCAAACCCAAAAGACCUAAAAAGUUUCAGAAAAAAGAAAACAGAAGAAAGAAGACUUCAGAAACUAAGGAAAUGAAUGUCUCAGAUAUUACAAAUGAAGAUGAGGAUUCAGGAGCUAAUGUUCUUACUAAGGAAAACACCUUAGAGGUAAGAUUAUCAAGUCCAAAAGUGCAUGAGUUAAGGAGGAGUUCAAGACAGAAGAAAAUCAAAACAUCAAAAAAUGGUACACCUAAAAAAUCCAGGAUUAGAAAUACCUUUUCUGAAGAUGAGUUAAGUGGCUGCGCUCUACAGACUUCUACACCAAAAGGAAGCAAGCGAUCCUUGAAGAAAAGUAACAUGUAUAAAGCCGAGGUGAUUACAGUGCCCUUUGAUGGAAGCAGCCCAAUAAGAAUGAGGUUUACACGUAUCGGUGCGACUGCAAAAUCAAAUAAAGCUGAAGCAAUGAAAAAUGAAGAGUUUAACCCCAAAAAUAUGAAGAUGAGCUCUACUUCUAAAAAUAUAUCCAAAGCGAAACAGCUGAUUGAAAAAGCAAAGGCUCUACAGCAGAACAGAUCAAAGGUCGGCGAAGACUUACCAGCACCCGUGAGACGCUCAUCUCGACAGCGAGCUCUUGCUGAAAAGAAAAAAUUAGAAGAAAGUGACGAAUCGAUAAUAAUUUUAGAUUCAAGCCUGAGUAAUGCCACUACUACAGUGCAGACCACUGAUAGAGUGCCGAAUGUGAAGCAAAAGAAUCUUCGGAGCUUAAAUGAUGUUCUGGGGAAAAAGCCUAGAAACUUGAUGGUUGCAAAGAACUCACGUGGAAAACUGGGACAUCCACCUUCUUUCCUAGGCAGAAAUGCUCAAAACACUGCAGGUGAACCAAUUGUGAUCUUUGAUGAAAGCAGCCAAGAUGCAUCUGAAAAUUCUCAGGAUGAUGAUCAGUUCAGAGCAAAACGUGAAUUCUUGAUGAGCGGAUUGCCAGAGUUACUGAAAAGACAGAUUGCAAAGAAGGCAGCAGCACUGGAAGCGUACGCUCUUGCGAGUUCAUGUUUUAAGACUGUUGUCCAUGUACAGCAGAAGGAUGCCUGUUCUCCAAUGUGGCAGUUGAAAUUGCCCUCGUGUCCUCUGUUAACCAAGCUAAGGAAACUGAAUACUGACGUCACUGAUGUCACAAAAAUCACACUCGCGCUUGGUGAAUUUUCCACUGUGAAUCCAACGUUAACUGGAUCCUGUUCUACACCUCUGCUUUCUGGCCACCGACCAGCUUUUUCUGAUAUAUUCAGGAAAGAUUUACUUGAGGAAAUCAUGUCUUCUAAUUCUCAAUUUCCUGCAAGAAAAUACUUCCACAAGUUUCUGAAAAAGCAGACGGAACAAUUGGCUUUUAAAAACAGUGUACAAGGUUACAGAGAUAGCUUUGGAAAUUCUGAGGUAAAUCAGAAACAUUCUGACAACUGGAAGGAAACUAAGAGGAAAAGGAAAGAAACAGAAGACCACAAAUCAAAAAGAAGAAAACAAAUUGAAGGUAUAGACACUGAAAUAAAAUCCAGAGUUCCCAGGAACCUUAUUUCUCCUGUAUCUGAAGAAAAACAAGCAGAGACAGGACAAGCAGCACCUUUGGGAAAAAACAAGACCCAGAAACCAGAUGCUAUGACAGAAUACACUGAAUAUUCAUCAGAGCCAAAUGCACUUUCAGGUAUUGAAAAGGAAGAUACGCUCUGGACAGAAAAGUAUCAACCUCAAGAUUCCAGUGAGCUUGUAGGGAACAAGAAAGAAAUUGAAAGGCUGCACAGUUGGUUAAAAGAGUGGAAAAAAAGAGCUGAUUGGGAAGAGAAAAGAAAUCAGAAAGGGGAAAAGGAGGACAAAGAGCAUCAAGAUUCUUUGGACAGCCUUGACUUCAAAGAUAAUAAAUCUGAUGUUGAGGAAGAGACUAGUCUUUGCAAUACAGUUCUGAUAACUGGCCCACCGGGAGUGGGGAAAACUGCUGCGGUAUAUGCUUGCGCUCAGGAGCUUGGGUUUAAGAUAUUUGAAGUCAAUGCCUCUUGCCAGCGGAGUGGUAGACAGAUACUGUCUCAACUAAAAGAAGCCACUCAGUCUCAUCAAGUGGACAAAAAAGGCAUUAAUGCACAUAAGCCUUGCUUUUUUAACAGCUGUAGCAGUACCAAGUCACCAAAAAAAUUAUAUUCUCCAAAGAAGGUUGUUUCACCAAGAAAACCUCCACUAUCACCAAAAGGAGGAGGAUUGAAACGAAGCUUACCCCCUAAAACACUUGCGAACUAUUUCAAAAUUUCUUCCAAACGUAAAGGCAAUGAUGGAGCAGUAUUGGCACAAGGAAAAAAACAAGGAAAUACUCUGAAUUCAUGUGAAGAAAGGAAAGAUGCUCCAAUUAAGUCAAUAAACAAAGAAGUUGAAGGAGGAGAACACAACAGAAAAAGCGCAACAUCUCUCAUUCUUUUCGAAGAGGUAGAUAUAAUAUUUGAUGAGGAUGCAGGAUUUCUAAGUGCAAUAAAGACAUUCAUGGCAACUGCAAAGAGACCUGUAAUUCUUACUACCAAUGAUCCAACAUUCAGCUUAAUGUUUGAUGGCUAUUUUGAAGAGAUCAACUUUAGAACCCCUUCCCUGAUAAACGCUGCUAGCUAUCUUCAGGUGCUGUGUCUGGCUGAGAAUCUGCGAACAGAUGUAAAGGACUUAGCGGCUCUGCUGACCACAAAUAACUGUGAUAUCAGACAAAGUGUUCUCUGCUUACAAUUUUGGGUUAGAAGUGGAGGUGGAUGCUUGAAAGACAAAUGUUUGGAACAUCAUGGAGGAGAUGAGACAAGUCGAGCAGAUCACCUCAUUCCUUCUGAAAAGACUACUGAUUCCAAGAUUGAUUUUUCUCCAGCUGAUGGGCAUCUUCAGGAGUUUCCAAAAUGUGAUACGGGCUGUGUAGAGACAUUGCUUGGCCUAAAGAAUAUCCUGUUGCCUUCAGAAGACUUGUUUACAUUUCUCAAGCACAAAAUCACAACCACGGAGCAAUGGAAUAAAUUGAUGCAGCUUCUUACAGAAUUCCAGAUGAAGAAAGUGGAUUUUAUAUAUAGCAAUCUUGAACUUAUUCUUCCGUUACCAGUGCAAGUUCUUUCAAACCAAUCUGAAGCCUCUAACUCUACACCCGAAAGGACUACCACUCCCAUAGCUUCUUCAAAAAACAGAUCGACUAAGAGUUACUGCUCUGGAAAAAAGUCUAAAAAGACAAAGAAGCAGAAAAGGCUUGCUAUUUUAGAUGAUAGUGACUUAUUUGAUACUGGACUGAAUUAUUCAUCUGAAUUCAUAAGUUUGCCGUCGGAUAGUCCUAUAUCAUGUGCUGAAGGGAGUAAGAAGGAAUCAACAUCUUUGUUGAAUAAAGAAACUAAAACUAAGACCUCAGCAAAUAAGAAAAGGUCUGCUCUUGUUUUUCAGUGUCUGAAUUCACUAACUGAAUUUGUGGAGAACAUGUCUUUCCUGGACUGCUGUGUAAACACUAACACCAAGGAACCACUGGAGUUUUCUAAAGAUGAAGGAUUCAACUGGACAAAUGGCAAAAUCAGAAAUGGUCUUUGUGAUGAAUUCAGUAUAGAAAAUACUGAUUGGUGGAGUUCCCAGAGCUGUAGUGAAAUAAAGGCAGCUAUUGAAGCACUCAGUUUUCACAAAUGUUCUGUUAGUAUUGCACAAAACUUGGAAUCCUCUUUGAGUACCAGUAAAACACCUGAAAGCGACCAACUGGAGGGACUUACUUUGCAUAUUUCGAACACAAGAAAUGGUGUAUCCUUCAGUCAGUUGGCUGAUUCAAGCAUUCACAUAAAAGCACAGAAGAGGCUGGCGGUCAUCAGAACUGUGUUUUCCCGAAGUCCGUUAAGCCUGGGUAAUAAGCAAGCCAGCAUACUUGAAUACCUCCCCACUCUUCGCAGUAUCUGUAGGUCUGAGAAGCUUAAAGAGCAAGGGAAGACUAAAAGAAGGUUCUUGCAUUAUCUUGAAGGGAUUCAUCUCGAAAUACCCAGACAAAUGAUAAACGGUCUGUCUUUGGACUUCCCUUAAAAUUGCUAACACCAGCAAUACUUUGUGCCUAAUGGUGGUAUUCUCACCAUAGUUUUAUUAUUUUAUUUUUUUUACCACAUUAUUGUAUAUUCAGAGCCAUUUGUAUAUUAAAUUUCUAUAUGUAUUUAAAAUAAUGUGUAUAUAUUGUCAUGACAUUGCUCUCCACAACUGCAAUGUGGGGUGGUUUGGUGCUUGUCCAAUAAGUGCAUUUUUAAUACUAAAUGCACAAACUAAUCACUGGGGACUACUUCCUGUU